AUGUUCUUGUUUCGUUUCGCAGCAACAUUUAUAGCACUCCUCAUCUUCCUCUAUCGUUUCCAUCAGAAACGAUGCUGUAGAAACCCCACCUUCUUAAUAAACUGGCCUUUCCUUGGUAAUUUACCACAAGUCCUAUGUAACUUGUGGCGGAUACAUGAUUUUGUAACCGAUGCUUUGAAACCACAAGGUGGCACUGGUGUGUUUAUUGGACCUUGGUUUACCAACAUGAACUUUUUGAUCACUAGUGACCCCAUGAACAUUCACCACAUCAUGAGCAAGAGUUUUGACAACUACGUUAAGGGACCCGAGUUUCGUGAGAUUUUUCAAGCUUUCGGAGAUGGGAUAUUCACUGCUGAUUCAGAUACAUGGAAAUACAACAGGUCUCUCUUCCAUUCCUUGUUCAAACAAAGAAGCUUUGAGGUUUUUCUUGUGAAAACCAUUCAGAAGAAGGUUGAGAUAAGGUUGCUUCAAAUAUUGGAUCAUGUUCAAAGACAAGGGAUUGUGGUGGAUCUCCAAGAUGUGUUCAACCGUUUCACAUUUGAUAACAUAUGCUCCAUAGUUCUUGGACAUGAUCCUAAUUGUCUUUCCAUUGAUUUCCCAGAAGUUGCAUGUGAGAAGGCUUUUAAUGAAGCAGAAGAGUGUAUAUUCUACAGACACAUAGUUCCAAGCAGUGUUUGGAAGUUGCAAAAAUGGCUUCAAAUUGGUCAAGAGAAGAAGAUGACAGAAGCAUGUAAAACAUUUGAUGAAUUCCUUUAUGCAUGUAUAGCAUCUAAGCGUGAAGAGCUAAGCAAGUACACCGAAAGUGAAAUGGCUGAAGCUCACGUUGAUGACUUGCUAGCAGCUAUGAUCAUGAGAGAGGAAAAGGGACAAGUACGUGAUGACAAGUUUCUAAGAGAUGCAUCAUUCAAUCUUUUUGUAGCAGGAAGAGAUACCAUAACUUCAGCACUCACUUGGUUCUUCUGGCUUGUUGCUACACAUCCAUUAGUGGAAGCCAAGAUUCUUGAAGAGAUCAAAGAAAAGUUAGGGGACGAAGGAGAGAAGAAUAAGCAAGGGGUUUUAGGUGUGGAGGAGGUGAAAAAACUAGUUUAUCUCCAUGGUGCUAUAUGUGAAGCUUUGAGGCUUUUUCCUCCAAUACCUAUUGAGCGCAAGCAAGCAUUAAAAGGUGACAUACUUCCAAGUGGUCACAUUGUUAAUCCCAAUUCAAUGAUAUUAUGUUCUUUGUAUGCAAUGGGGAGAUUUGAAGAAAUAUGGGGAAAAGAUUGCUUGGAGUUCAAGCCAGAGAGAUGGGUCUCUGAGAGAGGAAGCAUUGUUUAUGCACCAUCUUACAAAUUCAUCAGUUUUAAUGCAGGACCAAGGACUUGUUUGGGCAAAGACUUGUCCUUUAUUCAAAUGAAGAUUGUGGCAACUGCUAUUUUGUACAACUAUCGUGUUCAUGUGGUGGAAGGUAAUUUUGUUACACCGAGUCACUCAAUUGUACUUCUUAUGAAGUAUGGUCUGAAGGUUAGGCUAACAAAAAGAAGAAUUUGA